GUGAGUUCGGUGGUGGCGGCCGGUCAACGGGUGGCGAGUUCUCAGUCUGUCCUGCGCCGUCGAAACGAAGGAAGCGCCGCUCGUCGUCGAGCGCGACGUCGAGCGCGACGAGCCGACGAGCCGACGAGCCCGUGCCCCUCUUAGUUCGCGUUCGCUCGCCGUCUCGAGAGUCGCGUUUUCUCCUUUUGUUUCGAUUGCGCGAACGCGCGCGCUCCUCGCUUUUCUCUUCCUCUUUUCCUCUUCCGGUUCUCCCAGUUGCCUAUCGAUACUGAUCACGCGACCAAACCUGAUUUUUCCGUCUUUAUCCCAUCGAAAAAUCUCGCCAUACCUCCGAUAAUCUAUUUCCUCCCCCGUUUUCUCUCUGUCCAUCUCUACCUCUUACAUACACACUGUCUUUUUCGUUUUUUCAUUUCUUUCCUUGUUUCUCCCACUCCCAUUCUCUUUCAUGCUUAGCCUGUUUUCUCUACCACGAACCACCUUCUUUCUAUUCGCAUCCCCGUUUCUCACGCAUUGUCUCAUAUUUUCUUGCUUGUUUCCCAUGACUCGUGCCAUUUCACACGACGCGAUAGAAGCGAAUGUUCAAGGCUGAAUUUCUUCCAAAAACCAUGAACGCGGCAAUGUUGGAUUUUUUGCUACGGACUUGAUCGAGAGCCGUGCAUCGACCACCUUCGUGUCAAGGUUGUGUGUAACGAAAGGUGGCAGGGAUCAAUAAUACCAAGGAAAGUAACAAAAUUUCAUCGUUACGACGCCGGUAGCGACGGCUACGUUGACUAACAGCACCAGUAACGGCAGAAGCAAUCUCGAAGGCGGCGACAAUGAGUGCACAGACGAGCAAAUAACGUCAAUGCCAACGAAGUUUGUUCUAAAGUAUUUAUCCAAGGAAGAAGUGCCAAAGAACUGCGAAAAAUUAGCUGUAAGGCGAUAAACCGCGAAACUAAGAGGUUAACGGAGGAGAACAGAAGAAUUGAAAGAAGGAGGGGAAAGAAGGGUGAAACUGAAAGGGGAAGGAGGGAAGUAAAGUGCGAAACGGAUAAAAAGAGAAGAAGAAGGAAAAGCAGAGAAAAGAGGGGGAAUGAUGAAAAACAACGUUCCGCGCGAGAAGGAAGGAUCGCGGUAGGCGAAGGAUAAAGACGUGGAUCGGGCUGGAUCCGGGUCGAUCGGUGUGAUGGUCUCGGGGUGGUGCCCGUGCGUGCCGAUCGGCCGCCGGGAAUCACCGGCCCAGCAGCAGUCGGCCUCCUCUUCGAGGAGCUUCGGAACCGACGGUGCGCCGUUCACCGUCAGCGCGGCCACCGAUCGCGCAGAAAUGGUCCAGAUGUUUUAUUACGAAAAUCGCGGCAAAUGCUGCAAGAAGCUUCUCCGAUACAACGGAUAUCCAAACAAGGUGCUUCUAUUUCCGGAGGAAGGCUGGGCGAGAAGCGCGAGCAGUUCCUACUGGACUUUGACACCGUUUUGGUGGAGUCGUAGUCGAUGCAAGGUAGUCGAAGUUGCUGGAACCAGGAGGUACAGCACUCAGGCAAAAAUGGUAGACACAGGAACGGGCACGCUUUAUAUUAUCGGCUCUUUCAAGAGAAUGACCACUGAUCCCGAUUUUAAGUUGUACCUGACGUCGAACGUGUCGUCGAGCGACUUCAACAUGGGUUAUAGUAUGACUGGCACGUUGGAGCGUGGCUGUAAGAAGACCAACACCUUCCAAAUGACUCACUUUGCGGUGAUUCGUCGACGAGACUACGAAAAGGCCUACGAAGACUCGAAUCCCACCUAGUGCCCGUCCACACCCACGCUGUCCGAGUGUGGGGAUUGCGAACACUACGCGUAAAAGGAAAUGGGUGUUAACCAAAUCACGCGCGCGGCUUCCCUUCUGAUUUAUUCUCGAUCCGGAACAAACGUUCUCUUGGAAAGAAAGAUCACUUUCCGCAUCGAAGAUCCAGCAGAUCGUUACGCGGAUUACAUCGUGGUUUUCAAGUGGGUUGCUUAUUGAUCACGUCAACAACGCGGUCCUCGAUUCUGCUAUCCGAUCUCGAUCCUCUUGAAAUUCACGAAAAAAAUAUACGAAAUUAGCGAUCAAGGCUGCAAUCGAAUUCGCGACCGAUCGGUUGCGUUACGCGAUACCUGAUACGGGACACGCGACACAGGAUACCCGAUACGCGAUACGAGAAAUCGAGAAAAACGAACCGGGCGAUCGGACACCCGACAAACGAGCAAAAGCCAACACGUCCAAAGGUAGCGUUUAAACUUAGGUCGAAUUAAGUAGUUUUUAACUAGUGGCGAACGAUAUGGAAGUGGAGUAUACAAAAGUAAUGUGAUCGAAGAUCGAGAAAAGCAUUUUCCAAAGUAUUAGCACGUAAGUUGUAAAUCUCGCAGGCGAUAAGUUUUCCUAUGCGUCCUUCUUUCGUGGACACGCGCUGCUCCUCGUCCACCGAUCGAUUAUCGUCAUCGUUAUUACUGACGCGCGAUCGAGCUUCCUACGCUUCCCGUUCCUCGAGCUCCUCCCUCCUCGUGCCGUUCCGAAGAACGGAGCUCGCGGGAAACUUUACCCCGUUAGUCGCGCGCGCUUCCACCCAACACACACAUAUGUAUAAUCCUCUUGGCCAGGGUCGGGGAUCGUUGUCGUGUAGCGGCCUAACUUCGAAGCGAUACUUAUUUUUGUUAAAGAAUAGAGAGACGCGCGGCCGUAACACGACGCGACGUCUUCCUCGAUCCGAAUCAACUUCGAAUGAUCGCGUUCAAUGAUCGCGAGCCCGGUGAUUUUUGUACCUUCGGCUUUGCUCAACGAUAUCUAGCUGAUACCAAAUGCGAACGGCAUAGACGUAAGUUACAAUCGAUCGUAAAUUAGCGUUUAUCGACCAAUAGAACGCCCGUGUCCAGAUAAGUUUCGCUUUAAACAUACCUCGAUGGAUACUCGUGUCUCUAUAGUCAAGAUUUUACGGCGACACCAUCUUUUUUGAAUAACCGAACAAUGCUCCCUCCUUUUCUACCUUUUGCUCUCUCUAUCUUUCUCUCUCUUUCUCUCUUCCUCUAUCUCUAUUUUCUCUCUCAGUUACGCCCUUCCACCUUCUUGUUCCUGUUGUUCGUUCUUUCCUCCGUACUUGAAUGUAAACAAUCUCUUCGCGUCCGUUCCUCUUUCUAUUUAUCCAAACGUAGACUACCGCGAAUGAACCCAGUAUGAUUCUACGUGCCAUUUAGUCGUGUGCUAUUACGCGUUACAGGGUUUCAAAUGGUUUUUCGCGAUUCGGCGGGGAUGAGCGAGCUGUUUACCGAUUGAUCGCUUACCUUUCCACUAAAUUUCAAAUCAUGCUUGUCUGUCUUUUAUUUUUAUCCUUCCUAUCCAAGGAAAGUUCCUUCGUUAACGUUUCUUGCAAAACGACAACUUACGACUGUGGAAAAUUCACUGAUAUCGUUUCUCGCCGAUUCGCGAUUCACCGAAUAGAAAAUCGCUACGAAAACAGCGUACAAAUAUUCGUUUAAAAGCUAAGUUAAAAUUUCGAGAAAACUCGAUCGAUGUCCGUAGGUCGUAGACAAUUAGUUUAGACGUAGAAACGUAACGCUUCGUCUAGCAGAUAUUCUAGUUGUUAGAUGUAGUCCGAAUCGCUGAUAAGUAAAGGCGAUUCAGUCGUAGAUUUGUUCAACCUUUGAAAGAGGCUAGAGAAGAAUCGAUCGAAUAGUCGUCAGAUAUUUAGGCUCGCGCAUGACUUUUCCUUUCUGUCGCUUUCGUCGCCCGAUAAACAGAUAAAACAGAGAAGUAAUCUUCGAAUAAGCACGCCACAUUGAUGGAAAGAAACAAAAUCCAGUACUAAAUUAAAUUUUUAUCUAUCUAAGUGAAUAAGCUCUUCGAAGAUUACUCCAUCUAUUGCUAUUACUAUUAUUCGUAUAUAUUUUUUCCGCGAGAUUUAUCAUGAUAAGAUAUCGUUGAUUGGAGGCGAAGGCGACUCUCGAAUCUCUAAAUUCUAGAUAGACAUCUGCACGCUCGUAAAACAGUAAACAUUAUUCUCGCUUAUCGACACAGUCUUGAUUCUGUGUUCGCUUCUUUUUUUCGACUAGCGGAUAUUUAGAUCGGUAGAUAACGAUUUAAGUGAACGUAUACGUCCGAUAUCACGGUCCCUCCUAACUACUUAGCAGUAGCUUCGACCCACCGUUGCAUGCUUUCGUCUAAUCGAAACGAAAACGGCGGUCCAUCCUCGUCGGGUGCACAACGGGUCUCUAGUCAGUCUCUUUUGAUCUUCCCCACUGUCAAGGUUCCGUUUGAAAUCGUUCGAUCGGUUUACACGUCACGUUAUUCGCUGCGUGUAGACACUUCUUUCGAACAAACGAUAUGAUUCUUAUCGUCGAACGAUGGCGCAUCGUAAGAUUCGAGUUAUUUUUCCAUCGUGGAUCCUGAUCUUAAUCAAAUUGAAGAUCCUAAAACAGAAAUUAUCGAACGAUUGAAACGGAACAAAGCAAGGGGCUAGAUGUGUUUAUGCUCCUAAAGUAGAGAGAGUUAACAAAGUAGACGUAUAUCAUGUAGUAGUCGUAGAAAAGUUGAUGUGAUCGUUAUCGUUGUCAAUGUCAUCGUCAUCAUCAUCGUCACCGUCAUCAUCGUCAUAAUCGUCAUCGUAAUAGCCAUUAGAACCGUCAUCAUCCGAUCAAAUCCCAUUCUACAAUUCCUAUUGGUCCGUUUUCUUUGGCGUGUUCCACCUCGGCAGUCUCCAUGGCGAGUCCACUGUUCUGGUCUUCGUCGAUCUUGCGAUCACGUCCGAAUGGUAGGUAAACUUUAUUUUUUCUAGAUUCUAGACGACAGAGACGAACGAUCGACAGAAUCUGGUAAACCCGCAGCACGAUGUCGACGGUAGUCGAUUCGCCGAAUGAAACGGACCGAAUCGACUCGGAUCAGAUCGGAUCGGAUCGCGAACGACUGAUCGUCGCGGUGACGAAAUACCCUCGAAUUCCGCUUGAAACACGGUAGUCGAGCUUUGCCACGCAAGCAUAGUCUUUAGUACGCUACAGGAGUACUGUAAGUAGAUGCGGUCGAUCCGCGGCAGACAUCGUAGGACAGCAGAUACAUAAAGUAGUACAUAUAGUACAUAGCUAAAUGUAAUCGGCUUCUCGCCUCUAGUCCGGUUUCGUUCAAAGCUUCUCAUCCGAUUUGUCUAGUCUAAACGCUCUACCUCUUACACCUUCGUCUUCAUCUUCAUCUUUGCCUUCAACUUCAUUCUCAUCCUCAACCUCUGCUUCUCCUAGUUCCGUAACUCGUACAACUAUCGGCAAUCUACACCACUCGUAAUCAAUGUGUAGUCGCUUUAGAGAGAUGUAAUGGUAGAAAAGCCUGCAACUUAAUCUUACGACUAUCAGCAAACAAAUUAUUAACUAUAAUCGUAUCGGUCUUAAAAAUGCGAACAAGAGGUAUUCGUAUUCAAAGCUAUGGCUGUGAUCCUAAUUAAUCGUGAACCGGUUCGUAAAAACUAUAUACAUAUACGAUGUAAGUAGGUUACGACGACGCAUGUAGCGACAAGCGACGCGAUAUUUUGCCAAAUCGUUGCGUUUCACGCGGGCUUGCGUUUUUCUUCCGCUAUUCCGAACAUGUACAUAUUCUACACGGACUCGACUGCGCUCGAGGGAACGCGUUACGUUCUUAAUGUCCGGUGCUAAAAAGUUGCGUGUUCUUUUCUCGAUCGUUUCUCCGGUAAUGUUUCUUUGUUCACCAGCCUGCCCUUUCCCCGGCAUCGAAAGCAGCGAAUAUCGUUGCCGUUUCGCGAAGAUCAUGGUCGUUUCGUGAGAAUCAAAUGGUGGCAACGACGACGUCGUCGACGACCACCGCAACCCGUGGCGAAUCAAAAUGGAGGAAAGGAAAGAAAGGUGAGGUGGCGUGCACCUCUUCUGGUCUCUCGCCGCUAUACGAAAUCAAAAAUCGCAAAUUUCUCUAGCCAUCGUACCGAGCGUAUAGCGUUUGCGAACGAUGGAUAGGGCAGUUUCCCGCCAAUAAUCAAAUCUAACUCGCCGUGCGAGAAAUUGUUGCUCACAAAAUCGGAGACUUGGUAUGUAUUUUCUAUAAGCACCGCUAACGCGAUUCGAUCACGUUGUUCGAUUUCUGUGGAGUAUUGCUCGUCGACGAAUCGACGAGUCGUCGAGCCGAUCAUAGUUGCCGGGAAUAAGCGGAACGAAUCGAGUACGAGUACUGGUGCGACAAACGCAUCGAUGUAUUUUCACUACAGUCCUGUCUACAGUCAAUUCAUUUUGUAUUUAUACCUAAUCUAUGUAUCUAUCGUCAUAAUUUAUGCCGAAAUAAAUGUUACAUUUACGCACAGCGGAACGAUCGCCAUUUCGCUAUUCCACCCUGUCUCAUAUACGUGUAUAUCCCAAACCUGUUGUCGCAAGACGCAUGAAUAUUGAUUGAAUAAUCGGGGCAAAGCUUAUUUCAACA